GCCUGGGUCUUAUCACACUAUCAGGCAGUGACUAAUAAACAGCUAGAUAAGGAGUGUAUCAGGGCACCCCUAAGCUUUUGUAGAAUCCCCAAAAGAUACACACGCACUUAGACACAGCUUCUUCACCCGGCACUUGAAGAGUUACACAAUGUCACAAGAAGGUAACCCACCCACCCCUGCCACCACCACCACCACCACCAUGUCUGGAGAGGUGGGGAGCAUCAAGCCCAACCCUUACAUCUUUGACAUUGAGAACCGGAGGAAGCGACACCUCCGCCUGGCCCACGACCUCGGGGCCGGUGCCAAGUGCAAGAAGUGUGGCGACAAAUGUCCGGGGUUUGAGCUGCACUUCUGGAGGAAGAUAUGCAUGAACUGUCGCUGUGGGAAGGACGAUCAUGAGGUGGAGGAUGAUGACCAGGACAUCGGCAAGGUUGUGAUUGGCAAGCUGUUUGACCGCCCGGCACGCACCAAGAAAGAGGAGUUGGAGUUUUCCUAUGGAAAUGCUUUAGAAAUGGUCAACCAAGAGACUGGCAAGGCAGAGAAGGUGACGUUUGACUGGGUGCCGCCAAACACCGAGAGGAACCUGGCAGCUCGCUACAUGGCCCUGCUGCCCAAGGAGAAGAGGCCCGUGGCCGGCUCGGAGGCAGCUAAGGAGCGCCGCAAGCAGCUAGAGCAGCAGCUUCCCCUGUAUGACAUGGACGCCAGCCAGCGCUGUGAGAACAUGCCGGCCGAGGAGCUCCAGUCCUUCGAGGCAUACCUGGAGCGCAUCAAGACGCAGGUGGCCGGACAGGGCAUCGUGCAGGAGAUCAUUGGCCUGCCACCGCCCUCCAUGGCUCAGCCCCUACAGAGCCAUCCACAAAGGGACAGCCACCUUGGCACUGCUGGUGGAAAUAUUGCUGGUCAGAACUAUCCUGCUCAGCCCUUACAAAGCUAUCCACCAAAGGACAGUCAGGUGGGCAUCUCUGAUGGAACUGUUAGUGGUGGUAAGUACCCUGCAGCAACCACAAUGGGUGAUCCCUUGUUUGGAGAAGGGGCAGAUAGAUAUGCAGUGCCUUCUGCACCACCUCUGCACCAGCCAUUAGACCAGCAGCACCAGCAAACAGGACCCAAAGAGGACACCAGGCAGCCAGGGUUCAAGGCAUUCAUGGAGGGAAUGGUCAGUGGGUCAGGAAGGUACAACGUGGCCUCCAGUCAGCCCUACGGUGUGGCGCCGGGGACCGCCCACCUGCUGAGGGCUGCAGGACAAGGUGUUGGAGGCGUUGCAGGACAGCUUUCAGGACUAAAUUUGGCUGGGAGUAAAGAGGUGCCUACCACAGGCGAGCCACAGCUUGGCCCCUCAGCCGGCGGAGUCCAUGAAGGGGAGCCGCCCCUCCUACACACCUCUGGCUCUGCUGGUGUCUGGCCGCCUCCUCCAGCCUCUGUGUAUGGCUACAUCCAAACACCAAGGAUGCAAAGUGCCUCCAGCCAAGGCACCCCAGGCCAGCAGGGCUUUGUGCCAGGCACACAAAAAACCCUGCCAGGCCAGCAGGGCUUUGUGCCAGGCACACAAGGCACCCUGCCAGGCCAGCAGGGCUUUGUGCCAGGCACACAAGGCACCCUGCCAGGCCAGCAGGGCUUUGUGCCAGGCACACAAGGCACCCUCCCAGGCAAGGAAGGCAUUGUCCCUGGCAUACAAGGCCCCCUGCCAGGCCAGCAAGGCUAUGUGCCAGGCACACAAGGCACCCUGCCAGGCCAGGAAGGCAUUGUCCCUGGCACACAAGGCCCCCUGCCAGGCCAGCAAGGCUAUGUGCCAGGAACACAAGGCACCCUGCCAGGCCAGCAGGGCUUUGUGCCAGGCAUGCAAGGCACCCUGCCAGGCCAGGAAGGCUUUGUCCCUGGCACACAAGGCUCCCUGCCAGGCCAGCAAGGCUUUGUGCCAGGCACACAUGGCUCCCUGCCAGGCCAGGAAGGCUUUGUGCCUGGCACACAAGGCCCCCUGCCAGGCCAGGAAGGCAUUGUGCCUGACACACAAGGCCCCCUGCCAGGCCAGCAGGGCUUUGUACUUGGCACACAAGGCCUCCUGCCAGGCCAAGAAGGCAGUAUACCUGGCAGGCAAGGCUUCCUACAUAAUCUUGCUGGUCCCCAACAGCCACUGUCCAUUGCCUCAGAAGCGCAGCCACUCCAGCCUGGCCGAGACAAGGUGAUCCACAGCUACCACAGAGGCGACUCAGAGCCCGCCAACAUCCUGGCCCAUCAAGCAGCUGAGGUGUCAGGCAGCUGUAGGCCUUCUGAGCCAGCAGGUUCAUUACUUGGCAAGGAAGCUGGCAAGGGCUUCUUGCCUCAACUAUCACCUAUACAAGGAAGUGUUAUAAAGGAAGAACCUCCUCAAGCACCCUAUGCUGCCUACAAGGAUACUUUGGCAGGAGGUGUUCAAGUGGCACCAGGGUCAGACGUGACUGUCUUGUUCCCCGGGGAGAGCCAGGUGCUGGGGUCCCAGGGCAGGAGUGGAGCCGUGCCGGGACAGAAGAGCAAGUUCUCCUGCCAGUACUGUAGCCUUCCCAUGACUGUUGGAGACGUGGCAAUCUUUUGUGAAAGAGCUGGACCAGAUAAGUGUUGGCACCCUGCCUGCUUCUGCUGCUUUACCUGCAAGGAGCUGCUGGCUGACCUCAUCUAUUUCUUCAAAGAUGAAAAAGUGUAUUGUGGCCGUCACUUCACAGAGGCUGUGGACAUGCCUCGGUGCAAAGCUUGUGAUGAGCUGAUCUUUGGCAACUCUUGGACACGAGCUGAUGACGCUGACUGGCACCUCCACCACUACUGUUGCAACAUUUGUGACAAGGCACUGGCAGGGCAGCGCUACGUGCCGGACAAGAAUGGCUAUCCACACUGCAUGUCCUGCUACAUGACCUGCCUAGCUAAGAUGUGUCAAACAUGUGAGGAGAAAAUCGGCCCAACUGAGAACAGGUGCAGCCACCGUGGGUACUGCUACCACGCCAACCCGCAGUGCUUCCAGUGCCACACCUGUGGGGCACCUCUGCUGGGGAGGAAGUUCAAAAUGUCCAAAAAUUGGCUGUUUUGUUCUGAUUUAUGUAUUCAAGCGGCAGCAGCAGAACUGGCUGCCAACACAAAUCCCAAAGAAGCCCCUCAGUAAUACAUCAGUUGCAUUGUAUUUUUCCAGUAUUGUAAAGCAGUUAGGUGAGGCAUCCACGAUUCCAUGACCCAUAGUUCAUGUUUGUUUCCACGUACACUUCAGUGAAAAAUUGGACAUGGUAUAAGUCAUGAAGCGGGGCUGAGGCAGGAAUUGGAAAGCUUAGUAUCACCAUAACUCAAAAGUUCAGCAAUUUGAACUUAAAACAUUACCUACAUACAUGUAUUACAAAUUACUUGAUGCUCACCAAAGAACUUGCUCCAUCAUAGUUACAGACACAGAUGCAGACAAGAGUCAUGGGUCAGGGACACUAAUCUUGGCCUCUUGUAGGGUGACAUAUUAAAUGCUCUUUUUAGAUUCAGAGGCACAGUCACUCAAUAGCUAACUAAAUAAUUUCAUCCUCUUUCCCCUUGAGUGUGCUUGCAGUAUAAUAUUUAGCCUUCCUAGCAUAAGCUGCUGACAGGUGGAUAACUGGAAAAGAAAGGAGUGGACACACCAGCACAAUUCAGUAUUUUUCAGUAUUAAACCCAAGGAAAUCCACUGGAGAAGCAUAUAUGUGUGUGUGGAUCAUUAAUUAAAAAUAUAACUGUCCUCAAACUUUAUUCUGAUUAAUAUCAACGUCUUUAUGUUGAAAAUACCUGUACAACUGACAUGAAGAGAAAUUCAAACAUCUAUGAAUGAGAAUGUAGGAAUAUAUUUGAGUAACUCCAAAGAGCAAUGGAAAAUCUUACAAUGAAGUCACUUAAAAUGUUGGACAUGGAGGCACAACAACGCCGGCUCAGACAGCAAGAGAGAAAACAUGAAUAAAACACACACCAGCAGACAAAAGAUGUUUAAUAACCAAACACUUCCGGUGGACACUGAAGAUGGCAGCAGUGUCCACCAAAACCAUUUGGUAGGUAGACAUCUUUUGUCUGCCAGAGUGGGUUUUGUUCACAUCCAAGUCACAUAAGUGUAAUUAUCUGAGAGAGAAAAUGUAAGUACUUUACUAGAACAAUUGUCUGUACAGCUGUAAAUGGCAUCAGUAGAUUAGCAUCCCUUCUGUCGCACUCAUAGUCAACCAAAUCCACUAUUUACUCUACAUAUAUAUUAGAAUUUUAUAAAGUAACAAUAUUUUAACAAACAUUACAUAAAAAAAUGUAUGACUAAUUACAUUUUUACAGCACU